GUAAAACUGGGCCUUAAUUCUGCUGAAGGAGACGUCAGAUUAAAUAUAAACAUUUAUACUUACAUUAUAAAUGUUUUCUUGUGUUGCUAUGUAAUGAAUAAUAUUAUACAAAAUAUAAUUUUAAUAAUUUUUAUGUAGACAUUGACGAGAUGGUAACCUGUGCAGCAGUUGGUUGUAAGAAUUCAUCUAACAAAGGUGUUAAAAUGAAUUGUUUUCCAAAAAAUACUUAUCGCCGAAACGUAUGGAUAAAAAAUGCCAAAUUGGAAAAUAAAAUAUUAAACCGCUCUGCAGCAUUAUGUGAGUUUCAUUUUACCUCAAAUAUGUGGGAAAAGAUUCGAAUCGAUGGAACAAAAAAACUUAAAUGUACAGCAGUUCCAACAAUAUUUGGAGAAUUAGUAACUCAACAAAAAAACAAAAAAGCUAAAAUUAAUCAAAAUACUGCUGAUUUAAAUGGAAUUAAACAAUCUCAGAUAAUAAUAUCUAAGACAGAUUAUGAUGGUACUGUUACAAUAUCUAUAAAUAAUCCAAAAGAAGAACAAUGUAAAUCAGAAAAUCUUCUAUCUGAUAUUGAAGAAGAAGAAGCAGUAACUCAUCAAAUAAGUAAAAAAAUUCUCCAAGAAACAGCAGAAUUAUGUAGUGAUGGAAUUAUACAAGACGACACAUUGGUUUCAAAACAGGAGCACAGUUUGGAUAAACAAAAUUUAUUGUAUAUGGAAAAAAUCAAAAAAUUAGAAAAACUACUUCGGAAGUCAGAAUCGCUACGAAUAAGUAUGGGAAAGAGACAUAAACGUUUGCAAAACCAAUAUAAAAACAGAAUUAAGGAAUUAGAAAAAAAAGUAUCACGGAUUUGAAAAUACAUCACCUGGGAAUUAAAAUCCUUUUACAAAAUGUUUACAGACAUAACUCUUUGAGUGAUAGUAACAAAUACAAUUGUUACUUUUAUUCAAGAUUGGG